GUCUGCUUGGUAGUGUUUUGCUAAACACAUAUCUGAAGAAGAAGAUGCAGCGGAGGGGAAGAGGAAGUUGCAACUUGUGGAAGGAACAACUUGUGGAUCAGCGAGGCGAUAUGAAAUGAAGACAGGUUAGUAUCCAGAGACCUUCCCUGGGAGAACAAAAAGCGAUCAGGGUUCACUAGCUCAUCAUUGGCUGACACUCUCUAUGACAUGAUGGAUGACACUGAAAUGGAGGCGCUGGCCAUGUCGUUAGACGGCUCUUCCCUUGGGGAUGCAGCGUCUGGUAGAAGACAAUGGAGCGUGUCCAAUGAAGACGACGAAAUCUACUACAUCCCUGAGCGAAGACCAUCUCUGGACCUGGGACAGAGUCUGAUAGAUACCAGCCACUGGCAUCAUGUGGAACGGGCCCCGUCUCCAGCUCUGAGCUAUAUGUCGAUGGCAACUGACGAGAGCACUGUAGAAACGGGUGGCAAAGAUGGAUCUUCCACAGGGGUCCAGCUCGACAGACAGGAUUCAUACUCCAGCUGCUACUCCGUGGACAGUGACAAUUGCGAAAAUAUAAUCCUCAGGGCGAAAAGCGAAGACGAUGCUGUCUCAGAGACUUCUGACACACCGCAGUCAAUCCAUACCACCAAUGAGUUUACUUCUACUUCUCUGACGGUGGCAUUCACCUUCAAGGCCAUCUGUAAAACCCUAGGGAAGAUGACAGAGGGAGCUCUAAGGACAUUCAAGAUGGCGCUGUGGCAGCGUUACCCACAGUCUUUCAACACUCCUCCCCAGGACAUGGACCUUGUGGACCUUGUGGACAGGCUGCUGGAGUUUUACAACCUUGACAUGUCUUUGCAGAUCACCAAAACUGUUCUUGAGGAUAUGGGGCAGAAAAAGAUGGUUGCUUAUCUCCAGACUUUGUGCCUCAGAAAUGAAAUGCGUCAUGAUUUGAGUGAGACUCUGAAGAGGACAUACAGUGAAGUAUGUGAGGAUGUAGACAUGCAGGAAAAGAAGAGGCCCUUUGACGACGUCUAUACUAAUCUCUACAUUUCCUCAACAUGUGACAAUGGCCCGAAUAUUGAACAUGAGGUCAUGACCAUAGAAAAACUGAACAGCAACCAGGAAGCAGAGAUACGUCUUUCUACCAAGGAUAUUUUUACCCCUGAAAUGCUGGAGCGCUCAAACACAAAGAUAACGUUGCUCACUGGACCGGCAGGGUCAGGAAAGUCAAUGGCGGUCAGAAGGUUAGUCCUGGAUUGGGCCGAAGGGCGAGCCCACCAACACGUGUCUUUUUUGUUUCCUUUGCCGUUCAGAGAACUCAAACAGUUUGAGGGUUCUCAGCUCUCCCUUUUGCAAAUAAUUCAAAAACUCUACCCAGAAACAGAAAAGCUGAGGCAUGAGGAUUACAGAAGCGAAGACUGCAAAAUACUGUUAGUCUUCGACGGUCUUGACGAGUACAACGGUGUCCUCGACUUUGAGAACACCGGGCUCGUAAGUGAUGUCACAGAUCUCACCACCCUGAAUGCCAUUGUGGUCAACCUCCUCCGAGGGAAGCUGUUCAACCACGGCCUGUUCCUGAUCACUUCUCGGCCGCAAGUAAAGUUCCGCAUUCCCUGGGAUACGCACUAUUUAGAGAUAGAGGUGCGUGGAUUCUGUGACCGCGAAAGGGAUGAGUACUUUCACAGGAGAUUUACGGACCCAAAUCAAGCAGCCCGAGUUAUUGCACAUAUUAAAACUUUCAAAACCCUUGGCAUCAUGUGCCACCUGCCCUUGUUCUGCUCUCUGGUUGCUGAUGAGUGCCAUCACAUGUUUAGGGAACAGGGGACGGGGGCGGAGCUGCCCAGGAGCAUCACUUACAUGUACACAAAGCUAGUGCUCCUGCUCACACGUCAGCGUCGCACAUUUAGAGCUCCAGACAGUAGCCCGGACAAAGAGAGAGACUUCCUUAUGCAACUUGGAAAGUUGGCCUUUGACAUGUUGGAACAAGGCCAGUUCCAAAUGACCAAGCUCGACUGGAAAGACACUGGAAUCGAUGAGAAGGAGGCAGUGAACAACAGUGGCCUGUGCACACAGUAUCUAAUUAAGCCCAACGUUUUGUUUCUUGAGGAAGUCCUGAGCUUUGUCCACCCCACCGUGCAGGAGUACCUGGCUGCCCUGUAUGUGUUCCUCUCCUUUACAAACCAGGGAAAGAACAUUUUUGAGCAGCAUUUGACAAAAAAGCUCAUGGGGCUAUUCAAGGGGCAAAGAGUCAUGGAGCUGUACAAGAGUGCUGUGGACAGGAGCCUGCUCUGUGCGGACGGUAAACUGGACAUUUCCCUACGUUUUCUGUUUGGAAUGGUGCACGAGACCAACCUGGAGCUCCUCCGGCCGCUCUGCACUUCUGCAAAGUGGCCAACGGUGAUCGAAGAUGCUGCUGCCCUCAUCAGGAAGAGGAUCAGAGAAAAUCAUUUUCCUGGUAGGAAUAACAAUUUGCAGCACUGCCUGGAGGAGCUGGGUGUGUUAACGUCAGAGGCAGCGUCCCAGUGACAUGAUCGCUGAACAAACACUGAUGUGUCUCAAUGCUUUUCAGUUUCAGUUGGAAGGAAACUGAGCUACACGUCUGCACGUCUUGUCCUGGGGUGUAUUCCAGGAAGCAGGUUUUAAAAAAACUCUGAUCUACUCUGAGAUGGGGAACUCUUGAGUUUUCGUUUCUAGAACAGCUAUUCUGAGUUAGUUAGAUCAUGCUGACUUCUGCUUGUGGCCGACCACUAUAAAAAGCCAUCAUCAAUGGAGCUCCGAUACGAGUCACCAGGAAAACGGAGGCUAAAACAAGGUCUUCCUACGUCAUGCUGUCAGAGUUGGAGAUACAACUUUGUGCUUAUGGAGAACAUAAGGACAUUCUGAGAAAGCAGAGCAUCGCAGAUGAGGAGAGACAGGUGGUGUGGGAGACAAUUACUAAAUAACAUAAACAAUGAAUUCAAAACUAUAUUUUCUCCACCAAAUUUUUGUAUAAUGAUGCUGUAAUGGUCAGUGACGCUGUCCGGUGCGCAGGCGUCUGGGGUUUUCAAUUCUGGUUGCUCACGUCUGAAAAACGUGCAAUGUUAUUUAAUUUUUUUUAAUUUAGGUGCAAUCCCUUGGGCAUAAAAAUAAGGUGGCUGCAGCUGAAGAUGAAUUAUAAGAAUAUAGUGCAGAUAGGUAAGGCAUAUGAAUGAAUAAAUCAGAUUUCACAUAUUAAACAAAGAAAACAUCUUUGGCUAUGUCAACUUGUUGUACAGAAAACUCCUGUUCCGAAAAAAUCUAAGGGCUAUUAAAAUGCUGGAAAUAAGGACGGAGAAUAUUGUUCAGAUGUGAUAUAUUGUGAGAGAAACGGUAAAGUUCUACCUUUAAGUAGUCAGGAAAUUAAAGCAUCUAUACGAGGUCUCAACAUCCUCUCGUGACGUGAGGCUACUGAAUUAAUUCUGCUUCCAUAUCGAUCGGGUUGAAGAAGAAAGGACACCUCAUUUUUUGACAGCUAGAUCAGGUUCAGGAAAAGGGUGGAGUUAAGGAGAAACUCGGCAUUGUUUUUAAAGAAAACCUGCCAGCGAAUAGAUUAGGUUGACAGAAGUUCACUCGCUUUCUGGAACAGAAAACCCAGAGUUUCCCUCUUUUCAGGAUUAAAAAAAACCUGGAUUACCCCCCUGAUGGAGAAUCAUGUUUCUCUCCUAUUCAACCAAUAUGUGCACUACUGGUUCUUUAAAGCUCUAUUGAGCCAAAAGUUAUCACUUUUUAGUUCCAGAGUAACACUUAUGUACCAAAGUGUUUUCCAAACAAGAAAAUGUAAUUUGAUCAGGUUAAUAUUUUUGGGAUGUAAUACUGUACAUAGUACAUACAUUAUUAAUUAUUGCUAGUGUUCUGCUAGAUUCCAGAUUUCAAAUAGCUUUGUAACACAACAUAAAGAGGAUUAUGAGGAAUGUCUGUGAGCCCCAGUGGUUACUGGUAAAUCAUUGAUGGUAAAUGUGUGAAAACUGAAUUAUUCUGCACUUAAAUUCAUUUUACACACGUAUCUGACGUUCACCUCACAACCAGACCGUUGGUCUCGGUCUACAUGCAUGAGACCAACACUACGGUAGAGACAGUGAUACCCAUUCACACUAAAGUAACCUGUUUGUAAUAAAUGGUACAAUAAAUAAUAAAUCUAUAAUAAAAAACAACCACAGGGUUAGAGUGAAAUGACUUGAUUCAA